AUGUUCAGGAACGCUCUGCGGCAAUCCAGCCGCUCCGUGGCUGCCGUCUCCGCCACUGGCAGGCUGGCUUCGGCCCGCGUCGCUGCUCCCAGUCCCUUCGCUGCUGCUUCGAAGCAGGUCCGCACAUAUGCCGCAGAUGCAAAGGCCGCUCCCACCGAGGUCUCCUCCAUCCUUGAGCAGAGAAUCCGAGGUGUCCAGGAGGAAGCUGGCCUUGCCGAGACUGGACGUGUCCUCUCCGUCGGUGAUGGUAUCGCCCGUGUCCAUGGUAUGACCAAUGUCCAGGCUGAAGAGCUUGUCGAAUUCGCCUCUGGCGUCAAGGGCAUGUGCAUGAACUUGGAAGCCGGCCAGGUCGGUGUUGUGCUUUUCGGUUCCGAUCGUCUGGUCAAGGAGGGUGAGACUGUCCGUCGUACCGGAGAGAUUGUCGACGUUCCCGUCGGCCCUGAAAUCUUGGGCCGUGUUGUCGACGCUCUCGGUAACCCCAUUGAUGGCAAGGGACCCCUCAACACCAAGGAGAAGCGCCGUGCUCAGCUCAAGGCCCCCGGUAUCUUGCCUCGUCGCUCCGUCCACGAGCCUGUCCAGACUGGUCUCAAGUCCGUCGACUCCAUGGUUCCCAUCGGUCGUGGUCAGCGCGAGUUGAUCAUUGGUGAUCGUCAGACCGGUAAGACUGCCGUCGCUCUUGACGCCAUCCUUAACCAGAAGCGCAUCAACGCCGCUGGUGAUGAGUCCAAGAAGCUGUACUGUGUCUACGUUGCCGUUGGUCAGAAGCGUUCCACCGUCGCUCAGCUCGUCAAGACUCUUGAGGAGAACGACGCCCUGAAGUACUCCAUCGUCGUUGCUGCCACUGCUUCCGAGGCCGCCCCUCUGCAGUACAUUGCUCCUUUCACUGGUAAAUUUGGCUCUUUCCUCGUCUGGCUCUUUCCUCAUCUGCGGCAUGGCAAUGGAGACUCCUUCCUCAACCUGGCCGUUGGAAAAAUGGCUUCCACUCCCCAAUCUUCCUGCUGGGUUGACGAGCUGCUCUGGACUACGCAACGCCACAAAGACAAGGAGGCCAAGGUCGCCAAGGGGGAGCUUGAGCCAACCGGCAAUGCCCUUCGGUCGAGGAAGUGUGUGGCCAAGGCCAAAGAGGAGAAGCGGCACUAUUGCGCCGUUUGCGACCUGGCAUUUGGGCUGGCCGCCCAUUUGCAGAAACAUUUGAAGACCAAGAGGCAUUGCGCUGCCGCUGCCGCUGCCGAUGAGGAACUUGCCGCCGCAGAGUCUCCCGACUCUCCAGAUAAUGGCCGCCACGCGCUUAUCAUCUUCGACGACUUGUCCAAGCAGGCUGUCGCUUACCGUCAAAUGUCUCUUCUGCUCCGUCGUCCCCCCGGUCGUGAGGCUUACCCCGGUGACGUCUUCUAUCUCCACUCUCGUCUACUCGAGCGUGCCGCCAAGCUCAACGACAAGCACGGCGGCGGUUCCCUGACCGCUCUACCCAUCAUUGAGACCCAGGGUGGUGAUGUGUCUGCCUACAUUCCUACCAACGUCAUUUCCAUCACCGAUGGCCAGAUCUUCUUGGAGACUGAGCUGUUCUACAAGGGUAUCCGUCCCGCCAUUAACGUCGGUCUGUCUGUGUCCCGUGUCGGUUCCGCUGCCCAGGUCAAGGCCAUGAAGCAGGUCGCUGGUUCCCUCAAGCUCUUCUUGGCCCAGUACCGUGAAGUUGCUGCCUUUGCCCAGUUCGGUUCCGAUCUUGAUGCCUCCACCAAGCAGACCCUCAGCCGUGGUGAGCGCCUCACUGAGCUUCUCAAGCAGAAGCAGUACUCGCCCAUGGCCGUCAGCGAGAUGGUUCCCCUUAUCUUCGCCGGUGUCAACGGUCUCCUUGACAGCAUCCCCGUCAACAAGGUUGAGAAGUGGGAGGAGGACUUCAAGGCCCACCUCAAGUCCAACCAGCCCGAGGUUCUUGCCACCAUUGACAAGGAGGGCCAGCUCAGCAAGGAGCUCGAGGGCCGUCUUCGCGAGAUCAUCACCGACUUCAACAAGGCUUUCUCCUCAUAG